AUGGAAGAAUAUCUUUCAUGUCAUCAUAUUGCCCUGUAUGAUUCUAAGGACAUGAUAAGAGGGCGUUACAUUCAAGCAAAGACACCUAUCAAAAAGGGUACAAUCAUCAUUAGCUCACAACCAUUAGGUACCGUAUCCAUGCCUCAAACUCGAAACGAAUAUUGCAACUAUUGUUUCCGAAAACAAUCUUCUACCUCUCUCCAACGAUGUUCUCAAUGUAAAAAAGCCUAUUUCUGCGAUAUAGCUUGCUUUAAAAAUGCUUGGUUAUGCUAUCAUCAAUAUGUAUGCAAAUCACAGUCGACAACUACUAUGGAUGCAGAAGAUGAUAUGGAUCUAGAAAUGCUAGAACGUGUUGCUUUGAAUGUUGCAAGAUACAAGAAGCGUGUUAAAGGUCAAAAGUCUGAUGGUGGUAUGGAAGAAAGUGUGGAUGUGACGAUGGAGGCAUUUUUCAGUUUGACAGGUCAUGAUUCAAUUCAACGACGCUAUGCUAUCGAAAAGCACAAUGCAUUAGCUACAGAGGCAUUAAAGAAGAUAUUUAUUCAACAAACUGGACUGACACAAAAAGAACUUGUACACUAUCUCAACAUAUUCAAGUCAAACAACUUUGCUAUUGACGAUGCGGAUAUGUUUGCUAUUGGUGAGGGCACUUAUCCUAUUGCUUCUUUAUUCAACCACUCGUGUCGCCCGAAUGCUGUGGUUAUGUUUGACGGCGCGCUUGCCUCUAUUCAUGCGAUCGAAGAUAUUGAGCCAAAUAUCGAGAUCACAAUUGCUUAUGUAGAUGCAGCUCAUUCUCGAUCUUACCGACAAAAAGCAUUGCGUGAGAAGUACUUUUUCAACUGUCAAUGUGAGCGUUGUGUGAGUGGUGAACGACCUUGGUUAAGUUUGAUUGAUACACUACUUGGAGAAGAAGAGUCAGAUUGGGAUAGAGCACAAGAAUUGAUCGAAUCACAAAAUGGCAAAGGGAGUUUAGACAAGCGUGGCCGAGUACUGAAGCAAAUUGAAGAAUGGGAUUUGUUACAGAUGUGCAAAAUAUAUGACAGAAAGAGCGACGGUUGUCCUGAUAUUACAAAGCCCUUAAACAUUGAACAUUAUACGCAUUACUUUAUUCAAUUUUUUGCGCCAUAUUUACUGACUUGGAAUCAACCUGAAUUGCAUCAACAAAAAUCUGAACUCACACAAAAGACAUGUCUAACAGACUUUGAUGAUCCAUUACCAACACAAGCAAGACCCUUGGUGCCAUCUACUUAUAACGAAAUUCUGAAGACAGCCAUAGAAAAGAUGCUUUCUCAUCCAACAAACAGUGCAACUAUCAUUCCUUAUCGCUUGACAACACUCUCGAUCUGUACUCGCUUAUUUUAUGAUGAGAUGGCUGAAGGACAUUGGAGAAAUGCAGUCAAGUUAGGCAUGUAUAUCCUGAUUCAAUACUGUUUGAUCUAUCCUCCCUACCAUCCCAUGCUGGCACAACAUUUCUUAAUGCUUGCAAAGGCAUGCUGGAAUUCAAUCAUUCAAUCAGAGCUGAUUAAUGACAAUAUGCGUCUAGAACAAGUCUAUGAAAGAGGCGUUCGAAGAUGGAUCAUGUCUUCAAAAGAAACAGUGGCUGUUGCAUUUGGAAAGCACAGUCGAUUAUGGAGGGAAACAUUAGAAUUAGAAUGGAUUUUUUUAAGAGAACAAAAGUUAAAGUAA